UUGUGGUACCGGUAACGCAGACUGAAGCGGAGCUCUAGCAGCACCACGAGGGACCGGGUAUCCGAGAGCCUCUCACCAGUAGCAGUACACAGCAUCAGCAACUCUAUAUGGAAGUAAUGAAGGACAAACGAGCCGCCCAGUGCCUCAAGCAGAGCCAAAAAGCCGCAUUCAGUCAUUUCAUCGAAGACCCUGCUACUGGGAAAUUAUACAAAAAAGGCAGGCUGCUUGGAAAGGGUGCCUUUGGAAGAUGUUACAAGAUCACUGACAUCUCCACAAAUCAGGUUUAUGCUGUUAAAAUUGUUCCACGUUCUCGGAUGACCCAGCUACAGCAAAAAGGAAAGGUUGAAAAGGAAAUCGAACUUCACAGCACACUGCAUCAUCAGAAUAUUGUCAGGUUCUUUCACCACUUUGAGGAUGAGCAGAAUACUUACAUGAUCCUAGAGUACUGUAGCAAGAAGUCUCUUGCUCAUAUAUUAAAAGCUCGGAAGGUUCUACCAGAACCAGAAGUCCAAUAUUACAUGAAACAGAUUGUAAGAGGGUUGCAGUAUUUACAGCAAAAAGGCAUCAUUCAUCGAGAUCUGAAGUUAAGUAAUUUCUUCAUUACUAAGAACAUGGAGCUGAAAAUUGGGGAUUUUGGACUUGCUACCAAGGUGGGCCAAGCUGAAAGGAAAAGAUGCAUUGUCUGUGGAACUCCUAAUUACUUAGCCCCAGAAGUUAUUAAUAAAAAAGGACACACUUUCAAGUCCGAGAUCUGGGCUUUAGGCUGUAUAAUGUUCACAAUGCUGGCUGGUCAUUCUCCCUUUAAAACUACCACUGUGAAAGAAAUGUAUCGCUGUAUUAGAGAGGGGCACUAUAGCAUGCCAGAGAACAUCUCCCCAGCUGCACAGAAUCUCAUUGCAAGUUUGCUGGCACAGAGCCCAGGAGAUCGACCCUGUCUUGAUGAGGUCAUCCAGCAUGCGUUCUUUUCACAGGGUGUAACACCAGAAAGGCUUUCCUCCAACAUCUGCUCUUCUACCCCGGUGUUUGCUGUCUGUAACCCAAUGAAUAAAGUUCUCCAUAAGGCAGCUCGAAUCCUGUUCAGAAGAGAGCUCCAGAAAGGAAAAAACACUGACAAGUCUGCGGUCAAAGGUCAGAGUAGAGUUUUCAGCGCUGAUAUGAACCUAAGGAAGCCGUCACUUUCAAAAGAAGACAAGCAGGUGGGCACAGUGGAAUUUGUAAAUCAGCAAAGCAUGCAACAAGAGGUGGUUCAAUCCAAGUUUGCCAUUCAGUUGAUGAUGAAGGGGUCACUUGGCAGCCAACGACCUAGCUGUGAAUCUGAAGCAGACUGGACUAGAGGGAGUAUAGCAAAUAGCAUCACCAGGGUCCUGCAUAACUGCCUGAAGAACAUGCCUGAAGCUUUCUGCAACCCAAAAGAGGAUCUACUGUGUCCAGUGCUGUGGGUCACUAAAUGGGUGGACUAUUCCAACAAAUAUGGCUUUGGAUAUCAGCUCUCUGGUAACAUCACUGGAGUCCUGCUUAAUGACAGCACCCACAUUGCCCUGUACCCACAACUGCAGAUGGUCUGUUACACAACAGAGAUAGAAGAAAGCUGGUGGUUUCCAAGGAAGGAUGUUCCCAGCCCACUCUCUGUGAAGAUGGGUAUUCUACGGUUCUUUGCCGAAUACAUGAAACACAAACUUCUUGAGGGAGGUAACUUACAUGCACCGUCAGAGCUAUAUCAAAAUGUUUGCCUUCUCCAUUUUGUGAAGACAGACCAGGCUGUGCUAAUGCUGCUUAGCAAUGGAACACUGCAGGUGAACUUUUACCAUGACCAUACCAAGAUUAUCCUGAGUACCUUUCAAGAGGAAUACAUACUGACAUUCGUAAACACUGAGCGGACAGCCUGCACGUUUAGACUGAGCACGCUCCUGACAUAUGGUUGCACAGCUGAGCUGCAGGAGCGUAUAGAGUAUGCUUUCACUGUGCUGGAAUACCUGUAGAGCACACCACUCAUGGACUUUGGGGGGAGAAAGGUCUAAUUACUCCACCAAAACAGGAGAGUCCUACAGGGCAGAAAACAUAAUCUGGCCCAGAUACUCACAUUUUAGUGGCAAUUCAGGUUGCAUUGCCUCCAUUAGAGAUAGACAGGGAGAUAGGCGGAGGGCCAGGAUUUUCUGCAGCAUUUCUGUGGUUGCUGCAGUGUGGCUUCUAAAAUGUGCAUCAGGAAGAAAUGUCGCUGCAGGAAACUUCAUCCUGUAGCAUGUUUUUGUUCAAGUACCCAACGACAAUGCAGAAAGUUGGAAGCUGUCAUCACUGAGCAGAUAGAGAACUUAAGGAAUGAGAGUCUUAAGGACAACUGGAGCUUAAACCCUUAGAUUGUGGAAAACUGGUGCCACUACCACACAGACUCCAUUUAUGUUAACGCACUUCAGAAGUGAUUAUAAAUGUUCAUAUGGGACACUGGUUAUGUACUCAUAGAAAAUCUGACUCUGGAGAGGAGCCUUUUAAAUGCUUCUUUAGUUGUUUGCUUCACUGUAGUGGCCUUAAAGUCACUGAGCACGAAUAAUGGAGCAAGUAUUGAAAGUAACAUGGAAUCUGUGUACAGUCACACUGCCACUGAGUAAGAAUACCGACACACACUAAUAACCAGGGUAAAGACAGAAUGUACAGCUUGCUCUCACAGCAGGGAGUAUUGUGCCAGAAGGGGUUGGGGUAAACGUUUAUGUGAGCUGGUUUCAGAGUUUAAAGGAUGGAAAUCAACAUUGUGUUCCAGUUUUGAGUAAAGAUAUUUACAUUGGCUUGUGCUGGCACUUCACAAGUGUUUGUAACAUUCACAUUUAUUAACACUUCCUCAAAGGGU